UUAUUUCACUUUUAAAUUAUAGUCACGUACAAGCCGAUGAGUGAGUGUACAGAAUAUUUAGGCCAUAAAGAAAACAAUAAACUUUAUUAUGAACCGCUACGUAAUGCUACAGCAACUCGGUGAUGGAACUUAUGGAUCGGUGGCAUUAGCGCAACGCCGAGAUACUGGGGAAAAAGUAGCUAUCAAGCGAAUGAAACGCAAGUAUUAUUCCUGGGAUGAAGCGAUGAAUCUCCGUGAAGUCAAAUCACUAAAGAAACUCAAUCACGCAAACAUCGUAAAGUUACGCGAGGUAAUCAGAGAAAACGAUACGCUUUAUUUUGUAUUUGAAUAUAUGCGUGGUAAUUUAUACCAACUCAUACGUGAUGCAGAACGUCCGUUUGCCGAACCGGUAUUGCGAAACAUUUUGUACCAAGUUCUGCAAGGUCUCGCUCAUAUGCAUCGACAUGGCUUUUUUCAUCGUGACUUAAAACCAGAAAAUUUACUAUGUGCUGGCCCUGAACUCGUCAAAAUAGCUGACCUAGGCCUGGCAAGGGAAGUUCGGUCUCGACCGCCAUACACAGAUUAUGUGUCGACUCGAUGGUAUCGUGCGCCGGAAGUUCUAUUGCACGAUACUCAAUAUGGUGCGCCGAUAGAUCUAUGGGCUCUGGGAUGUAUUAUGGCUGAGCUUUACACGUGUCGACCCCUUUUUCCAGGCAAUUCCGAAAUAGAUCAGUUAUAUAAAAUUUGUUCUAUAUUGGGGACUCCAUCUCGUGAAGAGUGGCCCGAAGGUUAUGCUCUCGCUGAAGUUUUAAGGUUUAGAUUUCCCGCAAGCACCGGCGUACCACUCGGGCGGAUUAUACAGAAUGCUUCUCAAGCUGCCGUGUCUCUGCUGGCUGCCUUACUUCGUUACCAACCGCGAGACCGCCCCACCGCAGUGCAAGCUCUUCGAUUUCCUUAUUUUGCAGUCGGUACCGCAUUAGUUCUUCCACCACCACCAAUAUCACAUUCAAAAAGAAGCAGUACUCGUGGUGAAGCGGAAAAUAUUGUCCCUAACACUAACGAUAUUUGUAAUCCACCUGCCGUCGCAACGUUGCCGCCACAGGACCGUUUCGCAGACAUUUUAGGGGGUGAGGUUGUUCAUACGUCUCACAUUUCCCGGGCCGGCGUGAGCGAGAUGCGCGGGCGCAGCGUGCUCGCGCCCCUUCAAGCGGCCCCCGCGUCCAAGGCGGGCCAAGCGCGAGGGCGGGCGUGCGGCGCGCUCGCGGGGGGCGCCGCAGCUACCUAUCUGAACACGACGCGCUAUGUAACAGGCGCCCGUAUCGAUACUUCUCUUUUUCGCCCACUCCCGCUCCGUUCCUUGCAUGAAGCAGCGGCCGUGGGUAGCGGUGCAUCUCGGGUUGACUGGGCUGCAAAAUAUCUACGAUAGAGACAUCAUUUGCUUUAAAAUAAAAGUAUUUAGAUAUGAACUGUUUGGUACUAUACUUUAUCCUUAAAAUAAAAUGGAGUACAGCCUACUCUGCAAAAGUCUCAACAUUGCACAUAAUAUAUUAAUUGUCACUUACUUAUAUUGCAUGAAAAAAGUAGACGAGUUAACAAUGCCCUCUUCGACUAUUGAAACAGUAAGCAUUUGAUCAAAACAAAACAUAAUACUAUCUUCAUAAAAAUAACUCCUUUAUUGCUGUAUUAUGUUGUAGUGACCUUGUAUGAAUGACCAUAUUAUCAUAAUGAAAAUGUAGUUAGUUACUUGCUUGUAACAUUUGUAACAUACACUAAUUAAGAUUAUUUCGUUUUCCAAACUUUUAUCACAAUCUCAAGCCAUAAUCUUCUUAAUAUUUUAUUUGUUUCCUCUGUAACAAUGGCAUUUUGGAAAAUUUUGAGUUAUGUUGAUUUGAAUGAGUAAUAACUGAAGAUGAUUGAUAAUUAUUAUAUUAUGUGUAACCAUAAAAUUGUAAACACAUUACUAUCUCAUGGGAAUCUAUAUCGAUUGUAAUCUGUUAAUAACUAUGAUAAUACACUGCACACAAAUUAAAGCAUUAUUUUUUGUUGGGUUAUUAGUACCUUUUGAUGUGAAUCUGGUAAAUUAUGAAAUGGAUAAAUGAAAUAGGUUAGAUGAAAAUAUGCAAACA